CCCUCCCAUUCGUAAAAAUGAUUGGUCCAGACAAUUGAUCCACACGACCUUUCAUCCAAUAGCCUCUUUAGCACGCGUCACGUGACCUUUGACAAGCUUUAUGGGCCGGCAUUGAGCUUAAAAGAGGUUGGCUGGAGACGUUGUGCUUUGAAGGGCGUCAGACAUCUGAGUGUCCGUGCAAUGAAACAAACAGAGCUCUCCGUACCGGUACCAUGGGGACAGCUGAGAGGGAGAAUCUGGGGUCCUGAUGAUGGUCGUCCUGUGCUGUGCCUGCACGGCUGGUCUGAUAACUGUGGCACCUUCAACACCCUUAUUCCCCUCCUACCUAAAGAGUGCAGAUACGUGGCGCUGGAUCUGUCGGGUCACGGCUCGUCGUCCCAUCGUCCCCCCGGAGUCUUCUACACUCCUCCUGCGUAUGUGAUGGACGUACGAAGAGUCAUCGACGCUCUGCAGUGGAGCCGGUUCUCCAUCAUCGGCCACAGUAUGGGUGGUAACAUUGCUGGAACGUUCAGUUCUCUGUAUCCCGAGAUGGUGGACGCUGUCGUGCUGCUGGACUCUUAUGGAUUCUUCCCUAUAAAUCAGGAAGAAAUGUUUAAAGUGAUGAGGAAGGGGAUGGAUGAGCAGCUUCAGUUUGAAAAAAAAACGACGGAAGAGAAGAAAAGAGUCUACACCUACGAAGGCGCAGUCGAGCGGCUGUCUGCUGCAAACCCGACUCUGUCCGAGCAGUCGGUGCGGAUCCUGUUGGAGCGAGGUCUAGUUCAAGUGGAAGGAGGCGUGGCGUUUACCCGCGAUGUUCGUAUUAAUCUGAAAAAUAUACUGCGCAAUACUUUGGGGCAAAGCCUGCAGUUGCAUUCUGGGAUUAAAGCUCCUAUGCUAGUUAUUUUAGCAGAGGACGGCUUUAAUAAAUUAUUCGUUGGCGAGGAUGAGAAUAUGUUCUCAAGAAUUAUCCAGGCCUACAAGGACAAAGAACACAAAGUGGUGAAAAUACCAGGCGAUCAUCACAUCCACCUCAACAACCCGGUGGCAGUCGCUCCACUUGUGUCCGACUUCUUGAUGACCAAAGUGUUGACUCGGCCAGCGAGGCGAGCCAACGAACCGACCUCGAAGAUCUAGCCCGAAACAAAAUCUUCACAUUACACAGCUGAUUUGAACAACAAGGUGUUUGUAAUAAAACUGUGCACUUAACACUCCCCUUGGCGCUUUUACCUGAACCCCCUAAAUGAUUAAAUGCCUUUGAAUAUAUUGAUGGACCGAUGUUUAUACAUUUGUAACACACAUGACCUGUAUGUAACACCAUAGUAAUGAUAUGAGUAGUGAUUAGGAACAAUUAAAAACAGGUUUUGUUAAUGGCCUGGUACUGUGCAAGAACUCCAGAUUCACAGUUGAUGAAUAAUUAAAUGUUUAAAAUUGC